AUGAACCCUGCGGGCCAGCCCCGUCCGGCCGCCGACCACCCGCUCUCACACACACACACACACCCCCCACGCCCCCCAGCCUUCUACACCAGCAGGUACGGCUACAAGAUGUGCCUGCGCGCCUACCUGAAUGGGGACGGCACCGGCCGCGGCACCCACCUGUCCCUCUUCUUCGUGGUGAUGAAGGGGCCCCACGACGCCCUCCUGCGCUGGCCCUUCAACCAAAAGGUGACGCUGAUGCUGCUGGACCAGAACCACCGAGAGCACGUGAUCGACGCCUUCCGGCCCGACGUGACGUCCUCGUCCUUCCAGAGGCCGGUCAGCGAGAUGAACAUCGCCAGCGGCUGCCCGCUCUUCUGCCCCGUCUCCAAGAUGGAGGCCAAGAACUCCUACGUGCGGGACGACACCGUCUUCAUCAAGGCCAUCGUGGACCUGACGGGGCUCUAGCUGCCCCCGGCACGGCGGGCGAUGGCGGCUCGGCGCGGGGCCGGGGCCUGUGCUGCCCGGGGGGCCCUGGACGGCGGCGGGGAGCCCCCCGAACCGAGAAGCGGCCGAGCGCCGUGCAAGGGGCGGCCUUGGCACGGACCCCCUGGGUGCCCCGACGCCAGGGCUGUACUGGGGGACCCAGCCCCGGGGAUUUGAUAGCGCUUGGCAGCUUGGGGACUGGGCAGGUUGCCCCAAACCAGAGCUGCUUCCUCCACAGCUGUGGCCCGGCACCCCACUUGCCGCAAGGGAGGCGGCAUCAGGGCGAGUCCCCGCCCGCGCCCCACUUGGAGCCUGUUGGGAUUAAAGGGGUGCUGCAGA